AUGAAGACUCUUUCUGGACGAUGUGAAUCAUCCAAAGAGAUAUCACUUUCCAAAGCUACCAAAAUUCUCUCAAAAUUUGUCUCUGCUGACAACGGUGCUUCGCAAGUUAUCAAUGUCUAUCUCCGUCGAGCUUCAGAUGCUUUCAAUGAGCUCAACCAGCUUCAUAGGGAGCUUAAACCCUCGCAGUCUCGUAGGAAGAAAAUCCGAAGCCACGUGACAGAUGAUAGUGGGAGAGUAGGUGUAAGUUCUGUUACAAGUGCUGAUGUGAAAUCUGAAAUCGGGAUUAUAAGGGAAAAAGUUUGUGGUGAGAAUGUUGAUGAAAAGUUGAUUGAGAAUGAUGUUUAA